AUGACAAAGAUCAUCCGUUCAAAAUGGAUAGACGAAAGGAUACCUGAUUCGUGGAGACACACUAUCAUAAUUCCCCUCCACAAGAAGUUAUCCGUCACGGACCCCAGGAUUUAUCGAGGAAUCUCUUUGCUGCCUGUUAUGUACAAGGUAUUGGAGCGCAUUAUCCUGGACCGACUCAUUAAACAUCGCGAAGAAACAACGCGCGACGAGCAAGCUGGCUUUCCUCCUGGCCGAUCUACGAUUGACCAGGUUUUCAUCGUCAGGAGAGUGAUCGAAAUCUGGCAGCGGUGUUCGAAGCCAAUGCAACUAGCGUUUCUGGACUUUGAAGCCGCGUUCGACUCUCCUCACUGA